AUGCGCUGGACUACCGAAAACGAGAACAUCCUCUGGCGCACCAUCUUCCAAACCCAAAACCUAACUUUCGAGCUCGACAAAGUCUCCCAAGCCUGGCCUGGAAGCGACAAGCCAACCCCCAAAGCCAUCAAAGAAAAACUCGACAAAUACCGCCGUGCAGGAAACAACAAAGUCACUUUCAGCAUGGGCCCCAAGAACGUGACCGUUACCGAUACCGCAAGCCCACGCACGACUGCUACUCCUACACCUACCCCUCGCAAGCCGCGAACGAGCAAGAAGGCUGCUGCUGCUGCGAUCCAAGGGAGCUUUGAUGCGACUGGGGCUCUUACUGUUACUUCUACGCCAGAGACCACAGCAGGAACGGGAGCGGGAGUGCACACUGGACGCGGACGUGGAAGGCCUAGGAAGACAGUCGCACCUGCGCUUGCCGAUGCGAACACGUUGAAGAACGAAUCUACGCCUGAAAUUCUCGACCCUGCGCUGAAGAGGAUCAAGACUGAGGAGUCGUCGCCUGGGGCAAUGCUCGAAAUCCAGAUCCCUGUCUCCCCAGACCCUGCGCGCUUCCGGUCCGAUCCUGACAAGGAGAACCUUGGUCCUGGUGUUGGUCUUAGGCUCAAGCGCAAGGGUGCUCAGAAGGCCAAGGCCCCUACUAGCGCCACCUACGAGGAAAUAAAGAAGAGAAGUGUUCCUAAAAGAAAUACUAGGAAGAUCAAGGUUGAGAACACAGAGGCCUACGCCCGUUGCGGUGAGGUGGUUGAUUGCAAGGGAACGUGCUGUGGAGAACCUCGUUGCGUUUACUGCUUCGGAGAAUGGGAGGAUAGCCCUUAG